AUGAGCGAGCAAAAGGUAGGGAGGCGGCGGCGAUCGAGCAGUUUGUUGUAUCAAGAACCACCAGAGACAAUAGAGCAUAUGAGCGAUCAAGCUGCUCUGCCAAACCUGAAUGCAGAUUGGGUCAAUGCAAAAGGUGCCUGGACGAUACAUGUGGUUCUCAUUGCUGCCCUGAAGAUUCUAUUCGACAUUAUACCCGGCGUGUCUCAAGAGACGUCAUGGACCCUGACAAACAUUUCCUACAUGUUCGGCUCAUUUCUUAUGUUCCACUGGGUUCGAGGAGUUCCAUUUGAGUUUAACGCAGGCGCAUACGACAACUUGAAUAUGUGGGAACAAAUCGACAAUGGAGACCAGUACACACCGGCGAAAAAAUUUCUUCUCAGCGUGCCCAUAGUGCUAUUCCUUCUCAGCACCCACUAUACCCAUUACGACCUUACGUACUUCACCAUAAAUUUUCUGGCGGUGCUUGGAGUCGUGAUACCAAAAUUACCAUACAGCCACCGCACUCGAGUGGGAUUGUUCUCUGGAGCUCCGGAAGAUAGGUAG